AUGGUGGUACUUCGUGUGACCGGCUUGGAUGGCAAGGUUCUGUGUGGUCCAGAAGAUGUCUCCGGAAGAGUCUCCGACCUCAAAAGUCGCCUCAUCACCCAGUCGCCGCUGGAUUCCAUGACGGUCUGCUUGCUGCAUGAUCGCGAGGAGCUUUUCUCCGAUUCCCUCAUAGAGCUGAUCGCUUCUCGGGCAGGUGACCCUGACGUCCUGGAGCUUACGGCUAUUUGGAAGCCCAGCAUGCGAAUGCAGCUUGCGCAGCUGACGAAGGCCGCGCGUGAGAGCGCCAGCCAACGUGAGAGGGAGGCCAAACGGCCCCGAAGUUCCGACAAUGAGCAACAGAAGGAGAGCGACAUCCGGGAGUAUCGGAGCGCCUUC